AUGGGCAGCUGUUGGCUCGGACCUGUACGACGCUGCCAGUUAUGGGUGCUCAAAUACCCGGUAUGGGCGAUGCGGGACGGGUAUAUACCGGUAUAUACCGUCGGUAUGGUAAAUACCCGGUAUAUACCGGUAUUUUUGGAGUACCCCGACCCCUCUACGGUCUCCCGGCUCCGCGUCGAGCCACCGCGCGCCGCGCCGGUCCCUCCGCGGCACGCACUUGGCGACGCAGCUCGCAUGCUCCGGUGGGCUUACUACUCUUUACUGGCGCGCGCGACGGCGGGGUGGGGCGCCGUCGUCGGACUCGGUGUCCGAGGGCGGCGCGCGCGUGCGCGUGCCGCCGCGUCGCGCGCGCGUCUUGCGCAGGUAGCGCCAGUUCCCGGGGACGGGAGGGGCGUCGGUGUCGGCGUAGUAGUCGCCGAGGGCGACGCCGUGCUUGUUUGGGGGGCCGGGCUCCCAACUCACGUCGUAGUUGUGAGAUCGUCGCAGCAGUGCACGAGGCUCGCCGCGGCCGAGCCCGGCAGCCGCGGCGUACCCGUCUACGGGUCGCCCAAAAGCAAAAUACCCGGUAUGGGAAAACGGGCCCGGGUAUAUACCGGUAUAUACCGGUAUUUUACCAUACCGGUAUAUACCCUCCGAAAUACCCGAGCGCCCAUACUGCCAGUCCAGCUCCAAUUUCGGCAAUCUGACCAGGAUUAUGGUAACGGUGGGUAUAUGCACCCGCGGGGCCGACUUCGCGGCACCGAAGGACGCCAAAAGCACGCCUCCCCGCGGGUCCCGUGCGGGGAAUUGCAGCCGCGGGAAUUCCUCGGCGAAGCUCCAAAGUUUCUUCAACUUGAGGUCAACUUGACCUGCGUUGAACUUGCGCGUGAAGCGUAUACAUCUACAAAGGAAGAGGCGCCGAAUUCUAAUCGUUCGAAAUUUAUGCUUGAAUCCCUUCUUGGCAAACGACGCCAAGUGAACGGAUCCCGCCUUGCGCAUUUGAACUGGACCUGUAAAACUAUUGAAAAGAUGAAUCGAGUCGAAGCGCUUAACGACUGCUUCCACAUCUGGCAUUCUUGUUCAUGUGCGACCAUAAAUGGUUUCCGAUUGGGACGUGUUGCAGCUGGACAGGUUAGCUGGCAUGAAAUAAACGCGGCUCUGGGUGAAAUUGUCCUUUUGCUGCAAUCCAUAAACUUCGCAAACACCAGCAUCGGUCUGACACCGAGGGGAAAUUAUUCUAAGAUUUCCAAAGGUAUUGGACAAAUUCUGUUCCUCGGGUUACGCGUUGCGUAUGCAGAUGGUGACCCUCAGAUCCAGUAUCACUUGUACACGGAUGAUAGCUUCUCACUUCUCCCAAAGCGCAAUUUUAAUCUGGCGAUGUUGUCCUUGGAAAUUCGAGGUGUUCUAGUCUCAGGGGCGGCGGUGACGGUGGCAGUGGCGGCUCGACCGACCGAGCGACCCAGCAACGACAGACCCAGAAAAUACGUGCCAGAGAUGCACCAGGUCGCCCUUAAGAGCCCCGGGUCUGGCGCCAUCUCUGUCCAGGGAGCCCGUAGGGCUCUUUACAAGGCUGGUUUAUACCCCGAUGCUACUCGCGCAGCCCUACGAGUAGACAGCCCGCAGUUUGCCCAACGGUGUCUCCCGGACGACCCAGAAACAAUUAUCAACUAUGCUGCGAUUGCAUUCAAAGAGGGACAGUAUGAUGAGGCGCGCGGCAAGUACAUAGAGGCCAUGAAUACUUUGGGCUACCAAGCAGACCUCGCGUGUAACGUCGCUUUAUGCUAUUACAAACAGAAACAGUACGCAGCAGCACUGAAGAGCCUUGCAGAAAUCAUCGAACGUGGAGUUCGAGAACACCCUGAGCUGAGUGUGGGAAGCAACACAGAUGGCAUUGAUGUGCGAAGCGUGGGAAACAGUUCAGUCCUGCAGGAAACAUGUCUCGUGGAAGCGUUCAACCUAAAGUCAGCAAUAGAAUACCAGAUGGGAAACCUAGAUGCUGCAAAGGAAGCCCUGAGUGAUAUGCCACCACGCCAGGAGGAGGAAUUGGAUGCAGUCACACUCCACAACCAGGCAUUAGUGCAUAUGGACGAGGACCCUUCUACAGGCUUUCGGAAAUUGAAUUUCCUGCUUUCAAACCCCCCAUUUCCUCCAGAAACCUUUGGGAAUUUGCUGCUCUUGCACUGCAAAUUUGGUUACUACGACCUAGCCGCGGAUAUUCUGGCAGAAAACACGCACCUGACGUAUAAGUUCCUAUCCAACGAGCUUUUCGAAUAUCUAGAUGCGUCAAUAAUGGUUCAAACGUCUCCAGAGGAGGCGUACCGCAAGUACGAUGACCUUACGAAUAAGCAUAUUGACCAACUCCGCAAGCUCACCAAGGCUAUUCAAGAUGCGCGGAUAUCUCGUGAUAACGAGGCUAUCAAGCAAUCUCUUAAAUUUUACGAUGAGGCCCUCGAACGCUACAUUCCCGUCCUCAUGGCCAUGGCCCGAAUCUACUGGGACAAAGAGAACUACCCUAUGGUCGAGCGCCUCUUUCGACAGAGCGCUGAGUUUUGUUCGGAACAUGAGGUAUGGAAACUCAACGUCGCACAUGUCUUUUUUAUGCAGGAGUCAAAAUUCAAGGAGGCGAUUCGUUACUAUGACCCCAUUGUAAAAAAGAAAUCAGAGAAUAUAUUGGAUGUCCCCGCUAUUGUCCUUGCUAACCUUUGCGUUUCGUAUAUCAUGACAUCUCAAAAUGAGGAGGCAGAGGAGCUCAUGCGAAAGAUUGAGAAAGAGGAAGAACGGCUGGCCUACACCGAGCCUGACCGCCAAUGUUACCACCUUUGCAUUGUCAACCUUGUCAUUGGAACGUUAUACUGCGCCAAGGGUAAUUUUGAAUUUGGUAUCUCGCGGAUCAUCAAGUCUCUAGAGCCCUAUGAUAAAAAGCUUGGACCUGAUACCUGGUACUACUCCAAACGCUGUUUCUUGGCCCUUGCCGAGAACAUGGCAAAACAUAUGCUCAUGCUAAAAGAUGCUUCAGUCCACGAAAUUAUUAAUUUUUUGGAAGCCUGUGACUCUCAUGGCGCAAAUAUCACCACGGUAAUCACGCCAACCGUAGACCCAGAUGGCAACCACCCUGCGGAGGUGACACACAAUGUGUCUUACGAGGCUCGCCAAUUGAAAAAGAUUUUCCUCAAGUUGCGGGACUAGACUAGUAUUCAGAUUUGCCAUAUUGGCCUUGAAAGCAAGUCCCAAAGGCGGCCCGGCGCCUUUGGUUGCGCCCCCACCUGCUUGGUCGAAAACGCGGGCAUCUCCUGGCAGACAGUAGCCACCCAUGUUUAUACAAUCGCCCUGCAGAG